GGAUCAUACAGAGCACCUAGAACUUUAGUGUGAACAAUCGGUACAGUUAUCCUUAUAUUAAUGAUGGCUAUUAAAAAUAUGUGGCCAAAUUUAUUGUUGGUAUCUCGAGUUAAAGAUAAUGAUAACAUUAUUUCUCCUACUUUACCUUUUAAUAAAAGUAGAACCAUAGCUAUCCGUAGAAUAGGUCCUCAUAACAUUGAUGUAUUAUCUAUAAUAAUAUGUGGUAUGUUGGGUGAUUGAUGAGGUAACAAGAUAAAAGGU